AUGUCUAACCCUCCAGAGUGGCCCAGGCGUCCCUCGACUCCCAACGCUUCUCAUCUCCAGUACCCGACCCUCCCGCCGCUGACUGCCUCCGUUCAAGAGUGGCUAUCUCGUUCACGACCGACCAACAACAUGACGUCAGACCGACUUCUAGAACCCCCACCUAAAUCCCUGAGUGAUAGCUGGGCAACCCUCAGCGUCUCGGAUCUACAUUCGGAGGAUGGCAGUCAUUCGGAACAGACUGAUGUGGGGUCGUUGAUCGGUCAAACCAGUUCGGAUGAUGUGACUAGUCUGGAUGAACAAUACAGCAGCAGCAGUGAUGCAGAGGAUCCGGAUGAGGAAGAUUUGCCGGACAACGAAGACGAAGAAAUCCAUAGCCCCCGACCAGAGCAGCGCUUUCCGGGGCUUUUCAACCCAGAUGCCGCGAUCGACGAUAGCAAUCUGACUACCAUACCCAUUCAUCGACAGUCCAUCGACUCGAUCGAGUUUGUAGAGCCGGACAAAUGGCCAGAGAUGGAACGAGUGGAACUCAAGCAUACCAUUCGUAUCUUUGAGGAACCGGCUGCGUCCGAGAUCAAGCGUCGUCAUAUUCCUUAUUACUCACCCCAUUCCUUUCUCAUGGCCACCGUCCAGCAAACCAUGACAAAGCAAAGUUUAGACUUGGACAAACCUUUCCGUGUCUUAUAUGUCGGACAGCCGGACUGUCGCAAUAUCAUCCUGGAUAAGAUUGGUGAUGUCCUAGUCUCGAGCUCGCCCGCAGGCUCGCAAACUAGCUCAGCUGAAUCUUCAAGGUACCACGUGGUACCAACUUCCUUUGGAGCUGGAGCCGUGCCAAACUUUGCAGAGCUUCUUCCCAUUCACGUCCAACUUGUGGUCGACGAAUGUGUGGCAGCCACAAAAUCUUAUGACUCAGAGGGAUCGCAAACGGUAUAUCUUGAGUUCAAGAACCGGCCUGCAUGCCACUCUUGGUGGAGUGGUGAUGACUAUCAUGUUUCUUCGUCAUCAGAGUGGACUUUACCUGAUGUGGCUAUUUUGUUCAUCUCCAGUCGUGAUGAUGAUGCCGCGAUACAAACCAGGCACGCAGCCCACACUUUCUUGGAGCGACACGGGGUUCCCGCUAUGGUCAUAUCAGAUGAACCACUGUGGGAAAAGACUGGCGAUGUCAUCCCGCUGAACCAAAGUAGUCUCCACGUCUGUCUGGAGUCUCGACAUGCGCACACUGGAGAAACAGUGGUGUUGAGGCGCUACCCAAUUGAUUUGAAGACCUUUGAGAGUAUUACUCCUGGCCAGCUCAAUAGGAAUCUAGCUUCUCUCAUGGACUUUUACCCUAAGAAGACACUGAAGGUCUCUGCUAAUACACAAAGACCGACCGAGCCGUACUCUUUUGCCGACCAUGAGAAAUACCCUCGCAACUGGAUGACAUCCUUGGAUACUGCUCGAGCUACUCCACUAGGUGCGAUGCUGCGUCUAGGUACAUUGGCGCUCGUUUCAGCCAUAGCGAUCUCCCUUGGAUACGCGGCGGUGAAGCCCAUUAUAUUUUUCAUUGCACAAUGGUUUGCUGGCUCAGCACUUGUCAGUGGGCAUGGCUCGGCACUGACAUCAAUCGACUCAUCUACGCCUCUGGCCAUGGAGCAUAUUAGGCACACCUCCCUUUCAUUAUGGUCUGGUGGUCCCGCGUCUCUAGAUACCACAUCUCCCGAUUGCUCCAUUAUAGGGCAAGAAUCGACCAAUGUCGUUUCAAGCUUAGGCUUCUCUGAACGGGAUGAUGAGUUUGAAAUCCAAGUGAUUGGAGACUGUCAUGUGGCCAUCAAACCUCCCCGUAACAUCGCAUCCCACAAAAAGCAACCACGGUUCGAUGUUCGUGUUUGCCGUUCUGGUAAAAAUUUAGGCUUUGAGUUAGCCGCAUUAUUUGAUGUCUACACGCUUCGUCUGGAUCGAGAAGAUGCGUACGGUUUGGUCAAUGUGACUAUUGUCACCAAAUCGAAGCCACGAAUCAAUCAAACCAUUACCGUUGACUUUGGUACACCAUGGCUGAAGAUUGCGAAUUGGAGAAGAGCAGCUCGUGCAGUCUCUUCACAAUUCUCCAAAGACCUGCAGGUCGCCCAAACCGGAUUGUCUGAAGUGUAUGGCCGAUUGUCAACGGAUCUACAAGUGAUCAUGGGAGACGUGGUCAAGAGAUCACAUUUCCUACGUCACGACGCUGAGCGUCUCCGCCAUGGCAGCCUCAAAACUCAAAGCAGCAUCCUAUCCAAAUCAAAGGAGCUCUCCGAAGUUAUCACCCGCAACGCUGUGCAGCAUUUCCGAAGUGCGUCUUCAGUUUUACACAAUCGCUCUGUCCAUGUCAACCAGAGUGCCAAGGGAGCUUUUAGUGACAUCUGGAGUCGUCUGGGGAAUUCAGCGCCUCAAAUGGACCUUCGUUCCAUGAUGGAUCGAGUGCUCAGGGCGAAAUCUGACACGUUAAAUCGGGCACAGACUCGCGCGCGCCUCUUUAUGGGACGUGAGGGGAAAGACUCUGCUAACACUAAGAAUAAUCGUGAUAAACGCUGA